CAAACAAGCUCGAACAACCAUUUGUUCCGACUCGAUUCUUUUACGACUCGAUUCAAACCGGUCCGAGCUAUAUUGUUUGUUUUCUGGAAGGAGGAUUAAAGAAACCAAACAUAAAGAAACAAAAGCAGCAGCAGAUUCCCAUGCAUUGUUCACAAUCACAAGAAAAAUUCUCACAUUGUAUUAAUCAUCCAAAUCAGCCUGUCAUCUACUCUUCAAUCACAAUCUAUAAAACUCCAACCACCAAAAUUUCAAGAUCAAUCAGAAAUAAAAAAUAAAAAAAUGAAUUCGUUCGAAAAAAUACUCUUCCUAGUAGUAAUUACCACACUAGCCAUAGCCCGAACAUCCGUAGCAGGAGAUCCCGAUAUUCUCACCGACUUUGUACUACCACCAAACUCACCACCACCCGAUGGAAACUUCUUCACGUACACCGGCUUUCGAUCCAUAAUCGACGGCCCGUUUCCUCCGGCUUUCAAAGCCGUGAAGGCGGCAGCCGAACAAUUCCCAGCCUUAGAUGGACAGAGUGUUUCUCUUGCUGUGCUAAUAUACCCUGCUGGUACGGUGAACCCGGUUCACACGCACCCUCGAUCGGCCGAGCUACUGUUUUUGACACGUGGCACGUUACAAGUGGGAUUUGUGGACACGGCGAAUAAAUUAUAUACUCAGACACUACAGCAAGGUGAUCUGUUUGUGUUUCCUAAAGGGCUGGUUCAUUUUCAGUACAAUGCCGAUCCUAAGUCGCCAGCUGUUGCUGUUUCGGCUUUCGGGAGCGCGAAUGCGGGGACCGUUUCUUUGCCGAAUGGUCUGUUUAAUUCGACGAUUGAUGACAGUGUUUUGGCCCUGUCUUUCAAGACUGAUGUUGCCACUAUUCAGAAGCUUAAGGCCGGGAUCAAGGGCUAGAAACGUAAUUUUA